GAGUAAGGCAGCGCCUGCGCAAGGCGACGCCGGAAAUGACUUUAAUGAGACCAAGUCGCGUUCAGACAGGGAGCAGGCAGAGCGAGGCGGGAUCAGAGCUUCCGGCAGGUCGGGACGCAGGGCCAGGGACCCAGGAGGAGGCGGGGCCAAGGGCAGAACCUGCACUGGAAUUUGAGAGUAGCGUGGAGUCGGAGGCGGAGCCAAGGGCAGAACCUUCGCGGAGAUUUGAGAAUGGCGUAGAAUCGGAGGCGGGGCCAAGGGCGAGGCCAGCACGGGGAUUUAAGAGUAGAGCAGGAGAGAAGGCGGGGCUAAGGGCGGAGCCUGCGCUGGGAUUUGAGAGUAGAGUAGAAUCGGAGGCGGGGGCAGAGGAGGGGGAGGAGCUUCCACAGGGACCUAAGAUUGGGGUGGAAUUCGAGACGGAAUCUUAUAGCCUGGGUUCCAUUCCUGGUCGCAGGACUAGUCUUAAAGAAGUUUUUAGACGCGAGUGUAACAACGAUAUCUCUGAACAGAAGCAAAAAGACAGCACAGGUGAAGAGGUGGAGGGGAAACUGGGUUACAAAAAUGGAGAAAAGUUGGGCUCGACCCAAUUGGGAAAAGACUGGGAAUUGGACGAGAGUACAAAGUCCUCUAAAGAAGAGAGUGAUGACACCCUGAGCAGCUCCGAGAGCGUGACUGCCACAGUCAGGAAAGAAUUGGGCAAAGGCGAGUAUUGCGUCCUCUGUACAGUGCCCAAGACCCCAGACCAGGACAAGAGUUCUCAGUACUCCGGCCCCGAGAAUGCUCAAAAGUGCGGAAGGGAUGGGGCUCCUCCUAUAGGGCUGUACCUCGAUACUUGUUGGUUGCCCAGAAGUGUCAACAGGGAGGAAUUGAUGAGACUCUAUCUUCCACGUGGAUUUCCUUCCCUGGCCUCCACCCCCGCCACCACUAUACACAAUGUCCAGCACUUUUGGGACCAGCAUUUGAGUACCCGUAACAGGUUUCCUCAGAGUCCCAAAAUGACAUGGCAGAAUCUGAAUCGUAAUGUUACUUUCCUAAUGGGCAGCAAAAGGCUACAGCAGUUGUUAAAGUCACAGGAGGAGUUGGAGAAAAAGGUGCAGAAAGAGUUGGCCAUAAAGGGACAGGUAGAACAGGAAAUGAUCCAGCUGAAUGGGGAACUGAUGCAAACACGAGCCCUUAGGAAGCAGCUCGUAGAAGAUCAUUGCCACAUGCAAGCUGAAAUCCAACCAUUCUUAGUUGACAGCCAUAUCCUGAUGGGAUAUGUACCCGAUCCAACAAAGAAGAAAAAACAGGUAGCACCAAUUAAGGUAUGGGAUCAACAGACACAACAGCUGGAACAGAUGCAGUGGCAACAGCAGGAGCUAGUCUCCAGUUAUGAGUCCCAUACGUUAUUGCUCCGGGAAGAGCUGCUGCGACAGGAAGAGAUCCAAGCCCAACUGAAAAAGAAGAUUCAAGCAUUAAAUGCCAGAAGGACAGUACAGAUUACCCAGCAGGAGCAUAUUGAAUCACUGCAAAAGGCCAAACCAAGAGUCCAGAAGGAAGCAGAAGCACAACUUCGUAGGGCACAAGGUGAUCUUGUUAAAGAGUGGAGAGCACUGAAGCAUCAGCUGUCUGAUGUAGAGCUGUUGCUGGGGAGAAGUAUGAUGGGAAAGCACAACCAUGUCCUGGAGCAUGCAGCAGAUAAAUCUAUCCUUAGUUUCACCUGGCAACUGCAACGUGAGAAUGAACAAUUGCAUAAGGAAAUGGUGCAGCUCGUUCAAGAAGCUCAACAGCUAGAGGCCCAGCGGAGUAGGCUUAGAAAGCAGAAGCAACAACUGCAACUAGAGCAGUGUUGCCUGGAGAGCAUCAAACAAGGGAGGCAGCGUCAACUACUAAACGCUAUUCCCUGCCAGAAAGGACAAAGUAAUCUAAAGACUACACUGGCCCCUCUCCCAGGUACCAAACCGAGGAUGAAUUCAUCCUAGUUAGUGAGAAUAGUAUAUGCCCACCUAAGCCAAUAUUGUUAGCUGCUAUACAAAGCAACACAGGUGAUUCCUACCCUCUAGGAUCUCGUAAUUUAAAAUGGGAAAAAAUUGAAACGAAUAUAAAAUAGCAGGCUAUCAGUCAAACAAUAGGAAGGGGGAUAAAACAACACAACAGUAGAAAAGUCCAUAUUUUAAAACCCCUUUUUGUAAAAUCUUUGUUGAAAAUAACAUGAUAAUAGUUCAUUGAAAUUAUUAGUAGAGUUAAGGUCACUUAGCACUUCCUUUGUAGUACUAUUUAAUAUUUAAUUCCUGGAGUUACCUAUACCUCCCUCACUCACCUCAUCCUCUGAUGAUACAACAGGACCUUCCUGAAAUCUUCCAGCAUCUCAACACUGAACUCACCAGCCUUCCCUGGCUGCUUACCAGACACUCCCUACAGCGGAUCAGAAAAGGAGCAAGUCAAGCUAUGGGUGUUCAUGUUUUCUUUUAGCCUCCAUGUUAUCAUUCUUCAAAGGAUAAACUUUUUUGAUGGCAACCAUUUAUGUUGACUCCACAGUGCAAGUGUAGACAUUCUAAAAUCUCAGGUUAGCAAAUACAGGUAGGUCUCCACCUGUCAUUUCUAAUUUUCGUUGACUUGGUCUUUAUACCCAUUUGUUUGAACCAUUCCAACACAGAGGGAAGUACAGGUCUCAGUCAAAAUGCUUGUUAGCAGAUCUGAGACUUAGGGGUGGGGGAAAGAGAUGUUAAACUUGUGUGCCAAAGACCUAGUUAAUUGCCUUUUUGCUUUUGGUUUGUCUUGGUGUUCCAAUGAAGCAUGAAGUACUUUUGUAAAAAUGUCAAAAGUGGGCCCCAUGGUAGUGAAGGACAAGAAAGUGACCUAAAAGAAUUUCCUAUUUCAAAGGUAGCAUUGUUUUGAUUUGAUACUAAGUAGCUUAUGUUUAGCUUUGAAUUUAACUGUGAUAGUAGAUGAAAAGAUAUGUAAAGAUUAGUCUUUUUAACAAAGCUUUGCAGUGAAAGAAAAUUAUCAUCACUGUAGCAUCCUAGUCAGUGGAACGAUUGAGGAUACCUAUUCUACAGGAACAUUUGAGACAAGCUGUUUUGAGUUCAGACUCUCUCGGACAACUUUUGAGAGAAAAGCACCAUCCAAAUCAUCCCUGACUCUCCACCCUUCUGAAUUCCAAAGUUAUUAUAAGAUCAAUUUAUUGGUAUAGAAUUUUAUUUUCACAUGUCAUAUGUACAUUUAUAAUGUAUUGGAGUCCUCAUCUAGCUGUUUUAGGAUAUAUUCCCAUCUUUUAGGACUAGAAACAUAGUUUGUUUUGAUAUUUCAGAUUAUUGUGGUUUUAUAGUAGUUAUUUGUUCAUAAUAUUUUCAAUCACAUGUAUUGUAUACUUGAUGGUUUGCUCAGGAUCAGAACCUUCAUUAUUCAAAGGAGAAAAUGAAAUCCUUUUUAUGAUGUGGUUUUCAGAAGUGCAUCAUCAGAAGGGCACAGAUAGCAAAAGCCCAAUA